CUUAGAUGUCCCUUGUGGAGGUGACGGGGGCUAUUCUCCCUGCAAGAGCAUUAGUGGUGCUAAAAGCAGCAGCAACACUGCGGCCAACUCAUUCAGAGGGAAAGAGAAGAAAGCGGCAUAGAAGAGAUCUUACACAUUUUUGCCAAUCUAUACAUUACCCUCAGGGUCACUUGGAUAUGUUUGGUAGAUUUAAGGGCUUUCUUGGUGGACCGCAGAUCCCAGCAUCUCCUGCCACCAACAGAGAAGCUCCUGACCCUGGUCAAGACCCACCACCAACUCCUGCUCCUCCUCCAGCUCCUGCUGGAAGCAAGGACAAUAAAGCUACCGAAAAGGAAAAUGAGGACCAACCUCAGGGCCCAGCACCUGCGACAGCGACAGCACCAGCCCCAGCACCAGCACCAGUACCAGUACCAGUACCAGUACCAGUACCAGCACCAGUACCAGUACCAGUACCAGUACCAGUACCAGCACCAGCACCAGCACCAGCACCAGCACCAGCGUCAACCACAGCGCCGGCUCCAGCCCCGGCUCCAGUAUCAGCCCCUACUGCAGCCACAGUCAACCCUGAUCAAAUUGGACCAGAGGGAAAAGAGGCACCCCCCCCUCCACCAAUCGUAAUCAACCCGUAUUCUGAUGAGCAGCUUCGCUCCAUAGUGAAGCGGAUGAGAGAGAGACUUGAUAUCUACAAGGAGAAAGUGACUGAUCAAUAUGCUUCAUCACCGGAGAUUAGCCCCCCUGUCACGCCACUCUUGGCUAAAGACCACUAUGCUGAAGUUGUGGAGGAGAGGAAAAGGCGAGCGGAGGAGGAGCGGAUCAAAAAAGAGGAGGCUGAGAGGAAGAAGAAGGAAGAGCAGGAGAAGAAAAAGAAAGAGAAUGAGCAGAAAAAGAAGGAAGAGGACGAGAAAAAGAAAUUGGAGGCAAAAGAAGGGAAAGAAGAGAAGACACAAGACUUUAAGGCUGUCUUUAUGGAGAAAAUGUGGACUUGUGUGGAUGUCUUUCUGAAGCCCCUCGAGAACUGUAUGGACUAUAUGCUGGGGAGCACCAUUGAUCCUUUCACAGAUCGUCGCUACAUUGCCUGGCUGAGCGUGGUGACUCUCGCCUUCAACUACAACACCUGGUUCAUUACUGCCCGGCUCUCUUUCCCCUACCACACUGAGUGGGCAAUCCCUUACUGGUUUGCCUUGGACCUGCUGGCUGACCUCAUCUACCUCACGGACAGCAUCGUCUUCCAGUCUCGCAAACAGUUUGUCAAAGCAGGAGACAUCAUCAAAGAUGGAAAGAUGACAAAGAAGAAUUACAGAGAAACAGAGAGAUUUAUGGCCGACAUAGUGUCAGUCUUACCCUUUGACUUACUCUACUUCCAGUUUGGAUUCAAAUCCAUUUUCAGAGCAAACCGCUUGCUAAAGGCGGAUACAUUUUUCGAGUUUAGCGACCGCCUGGAAAGUAUCAUGGCGAAGGCUUACAUCUGGAGAGUUAUUCGCACCAUCGGCUAUCUCCUCUUCGUCCUCCACCUCAACGCCUGCUUCUACUAUGUGGCUUCAGUCUACCAGGGCAUUGGUCAAACUAAGUGGGUCUACUCUGGACUGGGAAAUGCGUACCUGCGUUGUUACUACUUUGCUGUCCGCAGUCUGAUCAACAUCGGGGGUCUUAAUGAACCCCACACCGUCUUUGAGAUAACGUUUCAGAUGACAAACUUUUUCACGGGCAUCUUUGUGUUCUCCAGUUUGAUCGGACAGAUGAGAGAUGUCAUUGGCGCAGCCACAGCAGGACAGACUUACUUCCGCUCGUCCAUGGACGGCACCGUGGCCUACAUGGUGACCAACCGCAUCCCCUCCUUAGUCCAGAACAGAGUCCGCACCUGGUAUACGUACACCUGGGAUGCCCAGGGCAUGCUGGAUGAGUCUGAGCUGCUGGAGAAGAUGCCUUUGGUAAUGAGAACUGCCAUCGCCGUGGACAUCAACCUGACCACUUUCCAAAAGAUAGACCUUUUCAAGGGCUGUGACCAGCAGAUGUUGGUGGAUAUGUUACUGAGACUUAAGUCUAUAAUCUAUUUGCCAGGAGAUUUUGUUGUCAAGAAAGGUGACAUUGGCAAAGAGAUGUACAUCAUCAAGGGCGGAGCAGUGCAAGUGGUGGGAGGACCUGACAACAGUAUUGUGUUUGUCACACUAAAGGCUGGCUGUGUGUUUGGAGAGAUCAGUUUGCUGCAGUCAUCCAAAGAUGGAGGAAACAGACGGACAGCAAAUGUCAAAGCCUCCGGAUUUGCUAAUCUUUUUGUCCUCGAGAAGAAAGACUUGUUUGAUAUUCUCGUCCACUACCCAGAGUCUCAGAAAGUGCUGGCCCGAAAGGGAAGGAAACUAAUGAAAGCCAAGGGUCCAGCAGCAGCUAAAGUAGAAGAGGAAAAGAAGAAAGGUCUGGCACUUUUUGGACCCAAACCACCCACACCCAAAUUAAUGCGACUCUUCGGUGGAGGAUUAAAGAAAAAAAGAAUUGACAAACCUAAGUCUGGUGCUGACUCUUGAGAGACACUUCUAUUGAUUCAUUUUAUCAACUCCAUUUUGGGAGUUUAUUUUUUAUUUUAAGACUCAUACCCCUCUUUUAUUCUGAUAGACCAAUAUAUACUUUUUACUUUCCUGUCUAUACCUAAGCUUUAUUGACACAAAUAAUUCCUUGGAAUUGAGUCUUGUUCUGUGACCCAGCCUGCACUAUAUUUUAUGUAUAAAUGUACUUUAUUGUGGCCGUCUGUUUACCGUCGUCUGCAUUCACCUUCUGUCAAUGCUCAGUGGUUGUAGAAAUCUGUCAGAUUAUCCAAAAACUGCUGCAUUAAAUGAUUCCAAAAUUUAAUAAUAA